GUCGUUGCUCUCAACGUGCCUUCUUGUGGCGUGUAGAGGUAGGAACGGGAUCUCAAGAUCGGGUCCGUGCUCGUUGCCCGGUGAGCCUGGAUCUUUCCCUCACCUGGCCAUCCUCAGGCGCAGGCUGGGACAGCAGGGUUCUCUUAUUAGUGGACCUCACUUCCCGCCCUUGCCUAGAUACCCAGGCCGGACCCCAGAACGACUACAACAUCCCGGACAACUUGAACCUCGUUCCGUCAUCCCACCCCGGAAACUCACAUGUGAUACACCGAGAAGUGUUAUUCUCGUCUUUUCAGAAAAGCUCCAUUCAGUUUGUAGCUAUUGCAGCUGCUGGACUGCUGCACAAGCUUCCUUUCACAUCACCUCGUGGACUCUCAUUCCAGUGGAGGUAACAUCCUCCUCCUGAAGCGUAGGUAGGCUUCAUCGAACGGCCCCGCGGGAUCUCUACGCCAGCCCCUCACUUUCCACAACCACAAAAUGGAGAUUCCUACACAACAACCGUCAACGGGCGGCAAUGACGUCGCCGCCUUCAAGAAGUUUGAUGCCUACCCUUGGAUCAAGGACCGUUCCUUUCUUGUGAGUCAACUCCCGGUGACCAUGUGAGGGCCGCCUCACUCAGGCCUCACCUGUGAAUCUCUCAUCACAAACCGUUCUCACUCGCAAGGGCUGGUAGCCAUGCUGGGCCCUCUCUCAAACGGGUUCGAGCGCCAAAAGGCUCUUGGCAUCUCUCUCCAAGCCCGCGUCUGGUGGUACAAGUCCCGCUUCAGUAUCGACAUCGACCGGUCCGCCUACGAGAACUAUCUUCUCCCUUCGUCAUCUCCUUCGACACCCUCCCACUCACAAAUUCCCAAUUCGCCAGUCGACGCCCAGCUAGUUGACAAGCUCGCCGAAAUCCAGCAGCUCAUGGGCACUACCCCUGUCUCAGCAUCAGAUGACGAUCUACCCGCUUGGCAAGUCCAGGCUCCCAAGGUGGAUUUACUCAAAAAGGCCGAUGAUGGUGACGCCGAUGGUGCUGAAAGGGGAGCCAAUGGUAAUGCUCCUUACCCGGAGCGUUUCAACGCCAUUAUUGAGCUCAUCACGAAUGGGACGCCAGUCCCUGGCAUCAAGGAGAUUCCUAAUACGGUUGUUAGGCAGCCUGGUAUUUCUCCCAUUGGAAAGAUGCAAGCUCCCCAGAAGCCCUGGGAGAAGAAGCAACAACAAGCUGCAGCCGCGAAUCUCGUCACUUCCGAGGUUAUGAUCGAUCGUGAAUUCCCUCCCCUCCCACCUGAGGACGAGGAUCAAGAGCAUCAGCGAGACCAGCCACAGAAGAUGGGAGCCUAGUCAGUUUCCGCUCGUGACGGCUUUCCCCCCAAGAUGUGCGCGGCAGCACUAAUCAAGACUGGUCGUAUUUCCAUGAUUAGACGUCAUUUCUUGUUCUCAAACCAAGUGAAGUACCCGAGCCAGAUGAUGAGCUCGUCCCUCAUCAGGGGCAAGAUGAUGCGUAAGAUGGUGCUAGAGUGUGAGGAAGGAGUGUAUAGCAUGGUAUAGAGUCGUGGUUUUGGCAGCGGUUUCAUUACUUGCAUAUAUAUCACUGAGCAGAUGGCAAUGCUCUCUCUGGGGUCCCUGCUCGUUUCUCCGUUAGUAUCCCCCAAGUCAUGAUCUGGCAAAUCCAGAUGUGGGAGGUUCUUGCAUAGAUGUGACGGUCCACUGGCGGACAACGAUCUUAUUAAGCAGAUGGCAAUGCUUACUGGGCGGCCGCUAUACAUAUGGCUUCAUGGGAUACAUCCAGCAUGUUUGGCGCACAAAGAUUUGAUUUUCUGGUCGUGUAUCUCACGUUGUUUGAUGUUGAUUUAGCCUAGUAAUCCCCUUUAGUGCCACCGAACAUAGCUUCAGUAUGGAGUAGACGUCGGUCACAGUUUACUGAG